UUGAUUAUCACCAUUUCAUCAUUUUCAAUUUCAAUGCGACCGUCAUCUACAUCCCAUUGUACAGACGUUGGAGUCCUGAGCCUGCUGCAGGCCAUUCCAUGUCGUUACUGGAUUAUAUUGCUCUGUGGAUUCGGACUGAUGAUCUCUUAUGCAGAUCGGUCAAAUAUGGCUGUAGCAAUUGUGGCUAUUGCACGCGAGUAUGGCUACACAAAACCUCAACAAGGUCUCAUCUUAGCCGCGUUCUUUUUAGGAUACAUUUCAACACCCAUCCUUGGAGGCACAUUGGCAGAUCGUUAUGGCGGCAAGUCUGUCCUUGCCAUUGGUGGAUUGAUUUGGACAGUUUUUACAAUAUUAACGCCUCUUGCAUCGAGUGCUGGAGUUUUCUGGAUAGUUGCUGCUCGUAUAGGACUCGGGCUAGGUGAAGGUGUUGCAUAUCCUUCCGUUCAUGCGAUGAUUGGAACUUGGAUCCCACCAAAUGAACGCUCCAAGGCUGUUGCGACUGUCACAGCUUUUGCAUACUUGGGCUCCGUUAUAGCCCUUCCAACUUCGUCAGCCUUAGUGGUGUCUUCGUGGGGCUGGCGAAGCAUCUUCUGGCUCUUUGGGAUCCUAGGGUCAGUGUGGAACGUGGCAUGGCAGAUCUGGGGUGCAAGCGAGCCGUCUUCUUGCAGAUGGAUUUCUGAACAUGAGAAACACUGGAUUUAUCAACAGCAGCAACUGGACCGACGGCGCGACGUUAUACGGGAUAAUGGUGCAUUAUUGGAAAGGAUAAAUUCCAGAAAUACACUGGAUCAGGAAAACGAUAGCCCACAGCACAUCCAGGCAGCACUUGCUGCAUUAAGAGGGACGUUUAUCGCCUAUCAUUCUCUAUCGCCCACUAUCGAUGACAGUAACUUGGAUGAUACAACUACCCUAUGUGUUUCCGAAGAAAGUGAUGGCUUGAAUGAUCACCUAAAGGUCCAAACGAUAUCAUUCUCGCCAGGGCUCAGUCCAAGCAGGACAACCGCAACCGAAUCUCUAUCAUUGACAGCAUGCAGCUCACGCUGGGAAAUAUUUCGCAACAAGAUACGAUCCAAGAGACGUGAUGGUGUUAAGGUAGCCAGAAGUACGCCUGUACCAUGGAAAGAGUUAAUAAUGCGACGAGAAGUUUGGGCAAUCAUUUUUUCACAGUUAUUUAACUCGUUCGGCUUUUUCAUAAUGCAGUCCUGGCUCCCCACAUUUUAUCUCGAUUAUUAUGGUGUGGAUGUAGGGAAGAUUGGUUACUUUGCAGUCGUACCAUCAGCAGUACAAGGCACCAUGGGGCUAGUAGCAGGUUAUCUUGGGGAUAAAGCCGCUCAGGACUGGCACUGGGCAACAUUAACCGUCCGCAGGGCAGGUCAAACAGUCGGCAGUCUCGGCUUGGGCGUUUUCUUGUUGAUUGCCGUUGGCUUUGCACACACAGCAACAUUGGCCAUGGCUUUGAUCACCAUUGGAAUGGCUCUAAAUGGAUUCACUAUGAUCGGGGCGUCUGCUUAUCAACACGAUUUUUGUCCUGAGUAUGCGGGGUUUAUUUUCUCGCUUGGAAACACUGCAGGCUCCAUUCCAGCACUCUUUGGUGUUUUCCUAGUUGGCGUACUACUCGAUAAUGGCGGUGGUAAUAGCGGCACCAAUCCAUGGGCUCUUGUCUGGACCAUAGUCUGUCUCUUUUACAUCACUGGAACCAUUCUAUUCAUACUGCUGUCAACCCACAAGAAGUUUUCUCUAAACGCCAUUACCACACUCGCGGGGCAAUGAAUUAAAAGUCCAGAAAAUAGAGGUGGACAUUUGUACGUUUGUUCGGUGCUUUAGUAGCCAGUGUAGAAAAAUGGAAUAGCUUCCAACAUUUUCAAAUCUACUAUCAUACGUUGUUCCAUCUAUGAAAAGUCUAUCCUGC